GAUUCAUCCUUUAUAUUCUGGGUGGUUGACAUGGUUGCUGCACGGACUUUCGAGUGAUGGCAUCGUCAUUGAAAUGCCAUUUACUGUUUCUUUUUUGGAGAAAAAACCAAAGAUAUAUAAAGAUGGCGUUCUCACAUCUUGGUUCUCAUCUCUAUCUUUUCCUGCCUUUCUCCUUUUCAGUCUUCUUUUUACCUCAAACCAUAUUCACCUUUGUAACAAACGCUCUCCGUCAAGUGUAAAUAAAAAAGUAGCUCUUGCUUAUCAAAGUAUUAUAUACCUGUACCUCACUGUUUCUAUCGAUCUGAUUGACGAUGGCCACUUAUAUUGACAACGUUAAAGCCACAAUUGCAUUGCGUCGAUUUCUUCGGAGUCAAAGACCACUGGAGCUAAAUGAUCCAAUCUGGGAUGCGUUUACCACCGCUCAUUACAACCUGUUGGCAGAACUGAUUGAAUCGCCUCUUUCACUUGUCGUCAACAAUCACCAAGGUGUCUUGUCAAGGGAACACAAUACUGAAAAUGACCUUACUCAGUUCUAUAUUCGUGUGCAAGAAUGGGACAGAAACGAACUUUUGGAUACAUUACCACUAUAUUCCAAGAACUUUCCAUCGGACAAAGAUUGGGUUACUGAAGUUAUCGGACAACUCAAACAAAAGCCGGACUCUAUCUCCGUAUCACUGCUUGACGCUGGCGUUACGACUUCUACAACUGCCCAAAGACGUGCAGAAGCGGACAAUUUACAAAGCAAGAGUGGUGGAACUCGCUUGCUCAACUGGUUCUCACUGACGACUGGAAGACAUCCCAGCGUAUUCACGAUUCAAAAACUCCGGAUGCCGCCUGUCACUGACCGUGAACACUUUUAUACCCAAAUUGGAUAUAUCGAGGAUAUAUUCAUCAAAGCAAUUGGAGCAUGUUCCCUGAACUCGGCCAAUGUGGUUUCUAUACAGAUUGGGUUGCCGAACCAGAGUCUUCAAGAACUUUGGAGGAAGGUUGGCCACCAUUUGCAGGACUUUGCAAAUUUUCUCUCCAAGGUUUCAACCACCCUUAAUAUUCCGCCACCGACCGAUCGGUUUAUCGAGUCGGUCAUUCAGCAAGCGACGCCGGAGACCUACAAAGGCCAUGUGGUGUCCGUACUGAUGGGAAAAGACGUGACCCUGGCAAAUUACAGGGAAGCCGCUUCGUUUUGGGACCGAGGAAGCGGUCGUUCGGCGGUCUUCAUCCGAGGUCUUUUCGAGCAAAUGCAUGGUCUUGCAAACCAGCUGAAUCGCUCCCUACGGCUGCUCGCCCUUGUAGAUAUGUUUGGCAUAUCCCCCAAAUCAUGACGAUCGGAUUACCGUACCUUUAGCGGUACCUGCGUAUUGUCCGUCCCGUCUUCUUGUGUGGAAUGUCAAAACUCUUGUUCAGCACUUUUCACACUGACAUGUUGGCAACUUCCUGGUAUCCUGCUUCACUGGCCUACAUCAACUUUUUUGAU